AGAUGGCAUUCUAGCGCACGCGUACAGACGACGGCGAGGAAGGAAACCAGUAACAUUCGCCAGUGGGCAAAGGGAUCGAUAAACAUCACAUAAAGACUUAAAAGUCACCGUGCAGAGAAGAAUCGUGUCUCGGCUUGUGGUGUCAUGGCUCAGAAUGAUUUGAUGAGUAACGCGGAGGACGUGGCGGAUCGGUUCCUUCGGGUGACAAAGCAGUACCUGCCUCACGUAGCGCGCCUCUGUCUGAUCAGCACCUUUCUGGAGGACGGCAUCCGCAUGUGGUUUCAGUGGAGCGAGCAGAGAGAAUACAUCGAGACGACGUGGGGAUGCGGCUACUUCCUCGCAUCACUCUUCGUCUUAAUCAACUUACUCGGACAGCUGGGUGGCUGUAUACUGAUCCUAAGCAGAAAUUUUGUCCAGUAUGCCUGCUUUGGAUUAUUCGGUAUCAUCGCUUUGCAGACUGUAGCCUAUAGCAUUCUUUGGGACCCGAAGUUUUUGAUGAGGAAUUUGGCACUGGGUGGAGGUCUGUUGCUGCUGUUGGCUGAGUCUCGUUCUGAAGGCCGGAGUAUGUUUGCUGGAGUUCCCACGAUGAGAGAAAGCUCUCCCAAGCAGUACAUGCAGCUGGGAGGCAGAGUCCUUCUGGUCCUCAUGUUUAUGACUCUGCUUCACUUCGAUACAAGCUUUCUCUCGAUCUUGCAGAAUCUGGUGGGUACCGCUCUCAUUGUCCUCGUGGCUAUUGGUUUCAAGACCAAGCUGGCUGCCCUCACCCUGGUCAUUUGGCUUUUGGCUAUCAACGUGUACUUCAAUGCUUUCUGGACCAUUCCAGCCUACAAGCCCAUGCACGACUUCCUCAAGUACGACUUCUUCCAGACCACAUCGGUGAUCGGAGGCCUUCUGCUGGUAGUAGCGCUAGGUCCAGGUGGAGUAUCCAUGGAUGAGAAAAAGAAGGAGUGGUGAGACCGGACUGAACUCGAAAGGCUCACUCGGUAGUUUUCGACAAUAGUUUUUCUGUGCAGUUAUCAUACAAAGCAGGUACACUACUUAGGGAGAAACGAGCCAAUUGAGGCGUGGCCUCAAACACCCCAGGACCAACAGAAAGACCCGCUCUCCACAUAUCAUGCACUGUCUGUGUUUCCAUUCUGCCUGCUUAUGUCUACCAGCACUUUUAGACAUUAGUCAACCAUAUUUAUUUUCUAAGGUUUGGGCUUCUGAUGUUUGAGAACCCCCUUGAAAAUCCGGUUUAUCCACAUUAUAAACGUGUUCUAUAAGGUUUGCAGCCAUUAAUGUAAUAACAAAUAAUUCUCUUUCGUUUCUCUCUGCCUUUUUGUGUGGGUGCCAACUGCAGUGAGCUCACCAAAGACUCACUAAAACACCAAUGUUGUCAAGUUCAGUCUAUCAAGAAUCCGAAGUAAAACUACACACGAUGGACAGUAGAAGUCAUUGAAAAUUGUGUUUCUGUAUCAGCAAGAAAAUGAGUCAGGUGUUUGCUAUCACCCGGCUGGUCUUAAAAUCGGAUGUCAUCGUGUUGAAAUUUGCUGCACACUGAUUAUGUUUUAUGGCUCACUGUGUAAAUCUCUGAUGUCUCCCUAUCAACAGGCCACAGGAGUAUUAAUCGAAAACGUUCAAUAGCAUUAAAAAAAAAAAAAAAGGUGUUCCAAGAUCUUGCGGCAUUGUAAUGAAUUGUUAGCUGUGUGUUUGCUGUGUGUUGUCAGGUCACUUUGAAGUUUACAAAAGGUGAAUUAUAGUGUUUCUCAAAACAAGCAGAAAAGUCGGGUUACAAAAAUGAAAACCUGUGGUUUGUCGGACUCAUUGUUGCUCCUCUUUGUACAAAAAGAAAUAACAGAAAAAUAUUGUUUUUCUAAAUGUUUUAAAUAUUUGUUUUGACAUAUAAAGGGAAAAGAAAAACA